UUCGUGUAAUGGGUAGUCGGAUCUAUAGAUCAACUGAGACUGUUCAUAGAUACUUCAAGAUUGUCCUUAGGGGGGUCCUGAAAUUAUAUAGAGCUCUAAUAAGACUGCGUAGCGAAGAUACACCUCCAGAGAUAAGGAAUAGUAGAAGGUUUUACCCAUAUUUUAAGGAUUGUGUUGGAGCAAUAGAUGGUACACAUGUUCGUGCAUCUGUGCCACCUGAAAUACAAGGAAGAUUUCGUGGUCGCAAAGAUGGAACCACGCAAAAUGUGUUAGCUGCCAUUAGUUUUGACUUAAAGUUCACCUAUGUGUUGGUUGGAUGGGAAGGCAGUGCACAUGAUUCACGUGUAUUAAAUGAUGCAUUUGCUAGGCCAGGGGGAUUUUCAAUUCCCAAUGGUAAAUUUUAUCUUGGUGAUGCUGGGUAUGGUAAUAAAAAUGGAAUAUUGUCACCGUAUCGGAGUGUACGAUAUCACUUGAAAGAGUUUAGUGAUCGUCCUCCUGAGAAUGCGCAAGAAUUGUUCAACCUCCAACACUCUUCAUUGAGAACUACCAUUGAGCGAGGGUUUGGAGUGGUGAAAAAACGUUUUCGAGUGUUGGAUGCAGAACCAUAUUGGUCUUUCCCAACCCAAGUGAAAGUAGUGUUAGCGUGUUGUGUGGUUCAUAAUCACAUUAUGGGGGUUGAACCAAAUGACCAUAUUAUGGAAGAUGCAAUGAACCAAGUAGAGCUUAGUGACCACCAACAAGAAACACAAUCCCAUCGGGAGUCCGUCGAAGAUAGUAGAUCAUGGAAUGCUAAGAGAGAUGAGAUAUGCCAAGCCAUGUGGUCUGAUUAUAUCAGGAGUGGAGAGUAGUAUUUUAUUU